AUGUCUGGAGUCAAGAGAGCGUCCCCUGGUGCACACAACGAGAAGGAUUCCCUUCAAAACGCCGAGCUCUCCGAUGCCGAUGCCCAGAAGCUCCAAGAGGUCCAGAAGGACAUUGCCCGCGUUGAGCUUGUUCUUGAGCGUCGUGCCCAGAAAGAACUUACGCCCGUAUAUGCGAAGAGGCGCAGUGUGGCCAAGUCGAUACCUCGCUACUGGCCCAUCGCUUUGAUGAACCACAACAUCCUCAGUUUCCAUGCACAGCACAACGCCGACAGACAAGCGCUUAGCUAUCUCGAAGAUGUCUGGAUUGAACGUGACCCGAAGGAAUCACGGUGCUACACUAUCGAACUCCACUUCAAAACGAACCCUUAUUUCGCAGACACCGUUCUCAAGAAGGAGUACAAAUACCUACCACCGCCCGCUGCUGCCGACGAGAAGCCUGAUGCCGACGGUAUCAUCCCUUCGAUGUUUGACUUCUCAUGGGAGCGCGACGUGGAGCCUUCGUCCAUGAAGAUUCAAUGGAAAGACCCGGAAAAUGCCCUCACCAAGCUGCACCCCCGUGUUGAGGAUGAGGAUGGCGAUGACAUUCCUGCAGACGCUGGCAGCUUCUUCAACUUCUUUGAGAUUGCUUCAGAUCCCUUUGACAUUGCGAACGUCAUUGCAAAUGAAGUUUUCCCUGAGGCGACGGACUACUUCCUUGGUAACAUGGGUGGUGAUGAAAUCGACUCCGACGAAGAAGACAGCGAGGAUGACGACGAUGAUGCUGAAGAGAUCGAUCUCGAAAAGCCUAGAGCCAAGAAGCAGAAGAAAAAUUGA